AUUUCGUAUUCAUACUUGUACCGCGGCGCGAAACGGACGUUUCCCGCGUAAAGUUUUGUUUUUAAUUUUACUUUUUUUAUUGUUCAGUUUUGGUGGCCAGUGUUUUUACUUUUUAUAGUUUUAAGUGCAGUAUUGGAUUGUUUUUUUUAUGAAUUAAAUAAUGGAUUAUCGGAAAGAGUUACCGUGAGCUACUAGGAAACUCAAGAAAAUGGCGGAAAACGAGGGACCUGUCGUCGUGGACGACCUUCCGAUCUCAUUCCAGGUGAAAUACCUAGGCCAGAGCGAUGCACGAGGGUUAUGGGGCAUCAAGCAUACGAGGAAACCUGUGGACCUUAUGGUGGCUGCGGCUAAGGCUCUACCACCAGGUCAAAUCCUCCCCAUCGUGAAACUGAUCAUCUCCGUCGAUGGCGUCCAUUUGGAGAGCAUCCACCACGGCCCGAAGCGAGACUUCGAACACAUGUCUGCCUUUUUCAAUAUCGAGUCCAUCUCAUACGGAGUCCAAGACUUGGUUUACACUAGAGUUUUCUCCAUGAUUAUUGUUAAAGACAACGCUGAUGUCAAGGGAUUGAAUCCGUUUGAGUGUCAUGCGUUCGUCUGUGAAUCCAGAAAUGCGGCGAGGCGACUGACGUAUGCACUUGCAGCUGCGUUCCAGGACUACUCGAGAAGAGUUAAGGAAUUGCAGACCACUCCAGAACUGGACGAGAGGCCACCAAGUCUAAAGAAAAGGUUCGCGAUCGACUUACGGACGCCAGAAGAAAUUGAAGCCGAUUUGGAAACUGAAGCUUAAAAACUGAACAAACUUGAAAAAAUAACGCGUUUAUUAUAUUGCGACAAAGAAACUCACGUACAUACAUACAAACAUGAACACUGAAAACAAUACACUCUUUUUUUGGGGCAGUCGUGUAAGGUAAUAAUAAUUUAUUAUCAAAAAAUAACGCCUCUAUUGAAGGUUUUUUUUUAGAAGAAGUAUUUUAUGUUUUGGUGAAGUUAGAAACUAUUUAAUUAAUAACCGGUUGUACUCACGUUAUUACAAUAUAUUGCGACUGUUACGACAUAUUUUAAGCAUAUAUGUAGAAGUGCUCGCGGCGGCUACGCUCCUAGCACUGCCCGCACCGCUCGCCACCCGGCCCGCUGCGCGCGCGCUGACAGGGCAGGGCGGGAUGAGUAGAGCAGUCUGCAGUCCGUUAUUAAUUAAAUAUUCGAAUAUAUCUCACGAAACUUUAACGUCUAUAGGUUAGAAACUAUUGGUUUAUCCAAUCAAACAACCAAUAAAUGUAAACGUUGUACAUAGUUCACCAUUAUGUAAGAAUUAAGCGAAGUACUUACGUAUAGUAUUUGAUUUUACUUUAUGAAACCUCCAACGCGGUUAUUCCUUGGUAGUCUAUUUCGUCAAUGACAUAGAUAGAUAUUGAAAAACAAUGGAAUACAUUUCAGUCUAGAAAUUUGCCACUUUUUUACAGUUUUUUUUUUUUUUUUUUUUU